GUAAACUGGUCAACAUUCCUUUGUCUUUGUUUUCCUUUCUUGUAUUUUCGUUUCUCCUAAUUCUCACAUUGUUUCCUCCAAUUCCUUCUGCUAGUCAGUUGAACAUUGGAUUUAGGCCUACUCACCUGUAUCCUAUACAAGGAAACAAUAGAGACUCAAUAAAGCCCAUGCUUAAAGAGAUACAUUCUCAGAGGCAAGUAGAUUAUUGUAGGGCCUACAAUAAAUGAAUAAGGGAAAUUACAAUGUUUCUAUAGGGUGUUCUGCAUACUACAGGAUUAUUCCCAUAAAUUAACAGGGUCGACAAAUAGCAUGUUUAUAAACAUGAUUAAAUCAUUCAGUUUGAGAUAUAUAAAUAAAUUAACUGUAGGUGUCAGGCAUAGCUGCCCUCCCUCUUCUGUGUGCACAACUGGUGGUUGUUCAUUAACGCCUGGGACAGAGUGGCUGGCAGGUACUAUCUCACUGAAGCGCUCACUGGUGGAUCUAUUGCCUUCACUACUCCUUCAAACCUUUCUACUUUUAAUAUCAGAGGGUUGUCUACUUUUUUGUUAAUUUACCAUUUCUUUAUCCAGAGAGUUGGUUGAGCUGACAUAAACAACUUCUUUCUAUCCCAUUUGUUCUUGUUCUACCUUAUAGCUCUGGUAGGUGUGUCUCCUGUGAUUGCAACUAACUUAGUGUUCAUUUGUUUUUUGUAUUUGAUGGUCUGUCCAUUAUUUUUCAUUUUAUAUUUAGCCUGUCUAAGAAUUGAAGUCGUUUACUCAAAUAGAUUUUUUUAUUUUUACAGUCCAGCUUUUUAAAACAAUAUUUUUUCUUAUUUCUAUUUCUAACUUUUCUACCGUUUUGGUUUGGAGUAGCCUGUAACCUUUAAGGGUGUGUCUUUAAAGAUGUCAAGAAUUUCUACAUCGGGAUUUAGAUAGUGGAGUCUUUUUUACAGUAUUUAAAAAAAAAUCCUGUUCUAUACAGCAUCAAAAUGGUGAAUUCACAUUGUUUUCUUUGCGUCGGAGUCUUAUUUGUGGCACUUGUUGAGAGCCGAAUGCUGGACAAGUGCAUGAAAUCCAAACCCAAAUACACCAUGAAUGUUGUACUUUUGGAGGAUCAAACCUCAGACUGGAGCCUCAGGUUUGUAAAGGGUGCAGUGUUGCAAGCAAUUGAAGCGGACAGGCAACUGAACAUGGCAGCAGGUUUGAACACCAAUUUAACAGCCAAUUUCAAUGGGUUUAACACCACGCUGUACAAACGAAGGGGCUGUGGGAGCAGCACCUGCGAGGGAGUGGAGAUACUCAAGUCCCUGCAUACUAAAGGUGAGGUGGGAUGUGCCAUGCUGGGACCCUCCUGUACAUUUGCCACUUUCUUUAUGGUGGACGUGGAGAUAGGCCUGACCCUGACUAUCCCCAUCAUCUCCGCUGGGAGCUUCGGUCUGUCCUGUGACUACAAGGCCAACCUGUCCCGCCUGCUGCCCCCGGCACGCAAGAUCUCCAACUUCUUUGUCCACUUCUGGAACUUCACCAGACAUGGUCUGAAGAUGCACUGGGGGAGGGCUUAUGUCUACAAGAAGGCAGACCAAACUGAAGACUGUUUUUGGUACAUCAACGCGCUGGAGGCACCCUCGGUCCAGUUUGCUAUGUCAAUCUCAAGAGAGAUGCUACGCAGCAAGAACGAGAUAAAGAAAGCUAUUCAGUCUGAAAACAGACACAGCAACGUAUUUAUUCUCUGUGGAACCCCAGAUGACAUCACCACUAUAAAGAACGAAACAACGAUUCCCCCAGAAAUUGUCUUCAUCCUCAUCGAUAUCUAUAACCAUGGGUAUCACACGAACAUGACUGCCAACCCAAGCAUGGACAAUGUUCUGGUGCUCACCUUGCCUGAGAGACAAUACAACAACACAGUAGUUUACAACAGCACGAAGUUAAAUGACUAUGUGGCGGGUUACCAUGACGGCGUGUUGCUCUUUGGCCAUGUGCUGAGGCAGAGGUUGACCAGUGAGCUGAGAGGCAGAGCAACACAGUCCACCACCACAGAGCUCCCCGAUGUAAACCCCUUCAGGAAUGUCUCUUUUCAAGGUAUGGGGGGACACUACGUUCUGGAUGAGAAUGGGGACAGGGACGUGAACUUCUCUGUGAUUUACACAUCCACCAUCGAUAAACAGUACAAAACCCUGUUUGUGUUUGAUACUUCCAUAAAUGAGACCAGAGUGGAGGACAACACCCCCUCACUGCCCUGGCCCGGGUCCCAACUGCCAGAUGACAAACCAAUCAACCCUAACGAUCUGAAGACAAAGGAUAUCAUUGUGAUCGUCCUGAGUGUCAGUGUUGUGGUGGUGACUGCCAUCGCUCUGAUCUUCUACAGGCAGAACAUGAAGGAACGUCAAAACCAAAAGAGGUGGUCCCACAUCAGCCAAGACCUGAUUAGUCCGCUGGAUGGGAAAGAGUUAAGCCUGGUCUCACUGAAGAUCGAUGAAGACAACAGGAAGGACAGCUGUUACCAGAUUCACAGGGCUCGCUAUGACAAAAAGCCCGUGAUCCUGAAGGAGCUGCAACACACAGACGGCAACUUCAGUGAGAUCCAGAGGAUUGAGCUCAACACUCUCCUGCGUAUUGACUACUACAACCUGACCAAGUUCUAUGGCACGGUGAAGUUUGAGUAUGGUCUGUUUGGAGUGUUUGAAUUCUGUGAGAGGGGAUCCCUGAGGUAUGUCCUUAAUGACACAAUCUCCUAUCCUGAAAAGACCUUCAUGGACUUGGAAUUCAAGAUAUCAGUCAUGUAUGACAUAGCUAAGGGCAUGUCCUACCUCCACACCAGCAACAUUGAGGUCCAUGGCCGACUGAAGUCCUCAAACUGUGUGGUGGACAACCGCAUGGUGGUCAAAAUCACAGACUUUGGCUGCAACACCAUCCUCAACCCCUGCAAAGACUUGUGGACGGCUCCAGAACACCUCCGGAAGCAGGGGAUCUCCCAGAAGGGCGACGUCUACAGCUUUGCCAUUAUCGCUCAGGAGAUCAUACUGAGGAAGAACCCCUUCUUCACCCAGGCCUGCUCCGACAUCGCAGAGAAGCUGUACAUGGUGCAGUACCCAAGUCAAACUGGCUUCUUCAGGCCAGAUCUGAACUUUGAGACAGCAGCAGAAAACGAGGCGGAGCUUUACAUGCUGAUAAAGAACUGCUGGGAAGAGGACCCAGAGAGGAGGCCAGACUUCAAGAAGAUAGAGGGAUCUCUGGGUAAGAUAUUCAGCAACCUGCACAACCAGGCUAAUGAGAGCUACAUGGACAACCUGAUCCGUCGGCUGCAGAUGUACUCCAGGAACCUGGAGCACCUGGUGGAGGAGAGAACCUCUCUGUACAAAGCUGAGAGGGACAGGGCUGACAGGCUCAACUUCCUGCUCCUGCCAGCCCCAGUGGUGCGUUCCCUGAAGGAGACGGGCAGUGUGGACCCAGAGCUGUUUGAUGAGGUGACGGUCUACUUCAGCGACAUCGUGGGCUUCACCACCCUGUGCCAGUACAGCACGCCCAUGGAGGUGGUGGACAUGCUCAACGACAUCUACAAGAACUUUGACAGGAUCCUGGACCACCAUGAUGUAUACAAGGUGGAGACGAUCGGUGAUGCGUACAUGGUGGCGUCGGGGUUGCCGCGGCGCAAUGGCAACCGGCACGCAGUGGACAUCGCCCACAUGGCCCUGGACAUCCUAGCUUUCGUAGGGACCUUCCAGCUCCAACACCUACCGGGCAUACCCCUGUGGAUCCGCAUCGGGGUGCACUCAGGGCCGUGUGCGGCGGGUGUGGUGGGGAACAAGAUGCCACGUUACUGUCUGUUUGGAGACACAGUCAACACUGCCUCACGCAUGGAGUCCACAGGCCUGCCACUAAGAAUCCAUGUCAGCCAGUCCACCAUAAACAUCCUCCAACGGACAGACUGCAAGUUUGAGUUUGAGCAGAGAGGAGAGACCUUUCUGAAGGGUAAAGGCAAUGAGAUGACAUACUGGUUAACAGGGGUGACAGGGACAGAAUACAACCUGCCAACGCCCCCGACAGCGGAGAACUUCCAGAGGCUACAGCAGGAUCUGUCUGAGAUGAUCGUGUCCAGCCUGGAGAACAGAGGGCCAGGGACCAACGGAAUGAAGAAGAGGAAGACCCUCUCCACCAGAGUCAGGAGGAGGGAGACCAAUGGGAGCCAGGAGGACGGCCUGCCAGAGUACCUGCACCUGGCCAUCACAGACAUUCCCAGCACCUACCUGUAGCCACCCAGGACCAGACUGCCUCCUGUGGAGAUACAGGGCUACUACAUGCUGUCAAAUGGUGACCGUGGAGUCAAGUAGCCUUAUACAUAGGAAACCAUAGGAAACUGAUACAAUAGUUACAGUAAUGCCUUAUACAUAGGAAACCUGACUAUUUUCCAAUGAAUUUCUGGGUAAAAGACAUGGCUUUCUGGUUUGAGCUAAAGGUUAUUUUGGGUCACAUGAGCAAAAUGUGUGGGGACGUUCCAUAAAUAGUCUGUAACGGAGAUGCUUUAGGAAAACCUGAACCAGUAAACCAAGAAGCCCCUGAAGAAAAGACAAAUAUGAGUAUUGUUGCAUUUUCCCAGCGAUCAACAAUGAACAAUUGUUCAAAAUAAUAUCACUGAUUAUCACCGAAGCAUAAUAAUACUAAAGCUUAAUAUUGCCAUCAAUAACGUGAUGAGGUGAUAUAAGGUGAUACAUCUUAUAGUGCAUUUUAUUGUGUCAUAGUUUAUCAUCGUAAUCUCAGUGCAUUUUAUUGUGUCAUAGUUUAUCAUCGUAAUCUCAGUGCAUUUUAUUGUGUCAUAGUUUCUCAUUGUAAUCUCAGUGCAUUUUAUUGUGUCAUAGUUUAUCAUCGUAAUCUCAGUGCAUUUUAUUGUGUCAUAGUUUAUCAUCGUAAUCUCAGUGCAUUUUAUUGUGUCAUAGUUUAUCAUCGUAAUCUCAGUGCAUUUUAUUGUGUCAUAGUUUAUCAUCGUAAUCUCAGUGCAUUUUAUUGUGUCAUAGUUUAUCAUCGUAAUCUCAGUGCAUUUUAUUGUGUCAUAGUUUAUCAUCGUAAUCUCAGUGCAUUUUAUUGUGUCAUAGUUUAUCAUCGUAAUCUCAGUGCAUUUUAUUGUGUCAUAGUUUAUCAUUGUAAUCUCAGUGCAUUUUAUUGGUUCAUAGUUUAUCAUCGUAAUCUCAGUGCAUUUUAUUGGUUCAUAGUUUAUCAUCGUAAUCUCAACGCAUUUUAUUGGUUCAUAGUUUAUCAUCGUAAUCUCAGUGCAUUUUAUUGGUUCAUAGUUUAUCAUCGUAAUCUCAACGCAUUUUAUUGGUUCAUAGUUUAUCAUCGUAAUCUCAACGCAUUUUAUUGGUUCAUAGUUUAUCAUCGUAAUCUCAACGCAUUUUAUUGGUUCAUAGUUUAUCAUCGUAAUCUCAACGCAUUUUAUUGGUUCAUAGUACGUAAUGUGUUUUUAUCCUCAAAUUUGAUAGUAGACUGAAACACUAAUACGUCAUCAUUUUAAAGGCCCACAAUUUUCUUUAUAGGUUUUCCAACCUUUUAUUAGUAAAGUGUGUCCACUGAAUUGGAACAAAAUAACUUUCUGUAAAAGUUGAGUAUACUUUUGUUUAACCACAAACCUUGCCUCUUUCUUACCAAAAUGUACUAUAUAUGAGUCGGGGUAAAAUUUCUACAUGAUACGUUUUUUUUGUUUUGUUGAGUGUUGUGUCAAAUAUAUCCCCAAGUGAAUAGCAGUUGCCACCUGUUUUUCCACAUCAUGCACAAUAUGUAGCCAUAUAAUUGGUCAGAUAAUACCUUCAUUCUAAAACUACCAGGAAAAUCUACACAGAAUAAGAGUUCAAAUGGAAAUAUCCUAUAACAGCCCUGUUAUUAUUGGAGUUAACCCAAUCUACUCAAAUUUGUCUUAUUGUCUUUGACAAUAUUUAAGUAUAGAAACACAAGUACAUAGUUGUCUCCCACAGUAUAGGCUUACAGGUUUGUCUUACAUGCCUACACCAUCACGAAUGUGUAUUUUUACAUCUAAAUGAUUAUACUGUACCAACAAUACUGUAAAGAACAAGUCCUUUUGCUUAACAAUGGCCAUGUGAUUUUAUAUGUCAAAAUGAUGUCCUCUCAGUCAGAGAGCAUUGCACAGUCUUGGUGGUCACCAAAGCAGCAUCUUGCAUUUUGCAAUUAUGUUAGCACAGCUGUUCUGCCUCGAAGGCCAGCACCCCGGUGUCGCCUCUUUACUGUUGACAUUGAGACUGGUGUUUAUGCAGGUACUAUUUAAUGAAGAUGCCAGUUGAGGACUUGUGAGGCGUCUGUUUCUCAAACUAGACACUCUAAUGUACUUGUCCUCUUGCUCAAUUGUGCCCCGGGGCCUCCCACUCCUCUUUAUAUUCUGGUUAGAGCCAGUUUGCGCUGUUCUGUGAAGGGAGUAGUACACAGCGUUGUACGUUUCUUGGCAAUUUCUCACAUGGAAUAGCCUUAAUUUCUCAGAACAAGAAUAGACUGACGAGUUUCAGAAGAAAGUUCUUUGUUUCUAGCCAUUUUGAGCCUGUAAUAAAACCCACAAAUGCUGGUGCUCCAGAUACUCAACUAGUCUAAAGAAGGCCAGUUUUAUUGGUUCUUUAAUCAGCACAACAGCUGAUUAAAGCUGUGCUAAAAUAAUUGCAAAGGGGUUUUAUAAUGAUCAGUUAGCCUUUUAAAAUGAUAAACUUGGAUUACCUAACACAACGUGCCAUUUGAACACAGGAGUGAUGGUUGCUGAUAAUGCUCUGCUGUACGCCUAUGUAGAUAUUCCAUUAAAAUAAGUCUGCCGUUUCCACCUACAAUAGUAAUGUAUAAAAUUAACAAUUUCUACACUAUAUUUCUGAUCAAUUUGAUGUUAUUUUAAAAAUGGACAAAAAAGUGUUUUUCUUUCAAAAACAAGGACAUUUCUAAGUGGCCCCAAACAAUAAGGCAGCAGGUAGCCUAGUGGUUAGAGCGUUGGACUAGUAACCGAAAGGUUGCAAAAUCAAAUCCCGAACUGACAAUGUAAAAAUAUGUCGUUCUGCCCAUGAACAAGGCAGUUAACCCACUGUUCCUAGGGCGUCAUUUUAAAUAAAAAUGUGUUCUUAACUGACUUGCCUCGUUAAAUAAAAGGUCAAAAACCAACGGAUGUGUGUUAACAGUUAAAUAGACAGUAGGGCAGUCCCCAGAGAGCCUAUCAGAGGGGAACAGAAACUAGAGGAGCUUCAUGCUUAAUCUGUCUUCAACCCCACUUCACUCAAAUGAAAGCACUGAACAAAACACUUGCUGUGAAACACACAUAA